AUGAACAUCACCAAAGCUUCGAAUUCACUGAGUACACCACCGGUUGCUACGCCUCCCCGCAUCGCGACCCCUCCACCAGCAGAGAAGAGAAAGUCCGGCAUGAAAUCGAACGGAGAAACUGUGGCACGGAAUGGCAGUAGUACGGGAAGUGCGAUAGAUCCGAAACAGUUGCAGAAAGCUUUGAAAGAAUUUGAGGAUGCGGGCAGACAACGAGAGACAACACCAAGCAGUAGCCCUGCUCGGAAGCGCCAAAGAGUUUAUGGUGAUAGAUUCAUCCCAAAUCGAGAAGGGCAGGACCUUAAAGCCAGCUUCAGUUUACUCCCAGACGAUGGUUCCUUAGCGACACCUUCAAAACAGAAAAAACGAAUACCACAUGGCGAGCUUCAUUUCCAAAAGACUGAAGAGGCAAACCGCACAUUUUCCACAUUGCUUCGCUCUGAAAUUUUUGACACAACCAUUCCACAAACUACCCCUCCAAACCUGUCCCCGGACCAAACCUUGCUUCCCUCAUCGCAUUCAACAAAUAAUAAUGACUAUACACGGUCACAUACACCGCCUACUAAUUCUUCUAGUACAUCUUUGCCAAUCUCCUUAACACCCUCGACUCCCCACAAAAAUCUUUUUACGUACAUGUCACCACGGCAUCAUACAAAUAUUGCUGGACAUCCUACGCCAUUAAGGACACCCCAAAGUAGACAUGGACCGAACCUUAAUGCCAGAUCGGAGAUCUAUAGCUUGUCUCCCGUGCGAUUUGGUAGCCAGCAAAUGCUGCUGAGUCCACGAAAACAGCCUCGAGCAGUUAGCAAGGUACCAUACAAAGUACUCGAUGCGCCAGAUUUGGCCGACGACUUCUAUCUGAAUCUGGUGGAUUGGGGUAGCAGUAAUGUCCUGGGGGUGGGACUUGGGAGUUGUGUGUACAUGUGGAACUCUCAAACCGGCCGCGUCAACAAACUGUGUGAGCUUCAGGACGAUACUGUAACAAGUGUUUCCUGGAUACAGCGCGGUUCACAUAUUGCCAUUGGAACCGGCAAAGGUCUUGUACAAAUUUGGGAUGCGGAGCGAAUCCGAAGACUACGUACAAUGACCGGUCACACGGCACGUGUUGGUUCACUCGCCUGGAAUGACCACAUCCUCACCUCUGGCUCUCGAGAUCGACUUAUUUAUCACCGAGACGUACGAGCACCAGAUCAAUGGCUUCGCAAGCUUGUGGGUCAUAAGCAAGAAGUUUGUGGUCUUCGAUGGAACUGUGAAGAUGGCCAACUUGCCUCAGGUGGUAAUGAUAACAAACUUAUGGUCUGGGACAAGCUUUCCGAGACGCCACUCUGGAAGUUCAGCGACCACACAGCAGCCGUGAAGGCUAUUGCUUGGUCGCCGCAUCAGCGAGGAUUGCUUACCUCCGGGGGUGGAACGGCUGACCGACGAAUUAUAUUCCACGACACACUGCGAGGAAAUAUGAUCAAUGAAAUCGACACCGGGUCUCAGGUCUGUAACCUUGCCUGGUCCAAGAACUCUAAUGAGAUUGUCUCAACGCAUGGGUACUCGCAGAACCAGAUCGUGGUCUGGAAAUAUCCCAGCAUGACACAGGUGGUCAGUCUCACUGGACACACCUAUCGAGUAUUAUAUCUGGCCAUGAGUCCCGAUGGCCGAGUCGUCGUUACCGGGGCCGGGGAUGAGACCUUGCGGUUCUGGAACGUGUUCGGAAAGAAGCCUGGACAGAGAGACGAAGGGGAGGCCGGGGGUGGCGGGAAGCUCGGAGACUGGGGGGUAAUUAGGUAG